AUGGGAGUGAAAGAUCUGUGGAAUAUACUAUCACCUAUAAGUGAAAGAAAACCACUUUUUGAACUUCAAGGCAAAGCUAUUGCUAUAGAUUUAAGUUGCUGGGUUGUUGACAGCCAGACGGUUACCGACAACCAUGCUCAACCAAAAAUGUAUCUCAGAAAUUUAUUUUUUCGUACAUCUCACUUUCUUCUACAUGAUAUAUUUCCUGUUUUUGUUCUGGAAGGAACAGCACCUACUCUAAAACACAAAACCAUUGCUAAAAGAAACGAAGAGCGAAAUGGAGGCGAAGAAAAGAAAAAAGGUCAAAAAGGAGGAAGAACACGUUUCAAUCAUGUUUUAAAAGAAUGUGAAGAAAUGCUGAAGUACAUGGGUUUGGUUUGUGUCAAGGGUUUUGGAGAAGCUGAAGCUAUGUGUGCAUACUUGAACGCUGAUGGACUGGUUGAUGCUUGUAUCAGUCAAGAUAGUGAUUGCUUCCUUUAUGGUGCAAAAGUUGUUUAUAGAAAUUUUUGUACAAGUACUCAAGGAAAUCACACAACAAGUGGUGGCUCAAUUGAUGAAUAUUCUAUGGAAAAAAUCCAGUCUGUUUUCAAUCUUGGAAGAAAUAAAAUGAUAGCCUUAGCUCUUUUAUUGGGUUGUGAUUAUGAUGACGGUCUGCCUGGGGUUGGCAAAGAAGCUGCCCUCAAAUUGUUUAAGAUUGUUGAUGACUGUAAUAUUUUACAAAGAAUCAAAGAGUGGAAAACAAAUUCUACCAAGUAUCAAAAAAUGGAAGCAGAAUUAUCAAAUCCAGAAAUUUGUACAAACUGUGGUCAUAAAGGAAAAGUGAGAUCUCAUACAAAAUUUGGCUGUGAAGAUUGCGGAACAACAACAAAGUGCAAUGACUCUUACAAAGAAAAACGAUUAUUAAUUUCAAAUGAAUAAUCAAUGAGAAAGAAAGCUUUAUUAGUAGAUAAUUUUCCUAAUCAAGAACUAAUAGAUGAAUUUUUAAUUCGUACUGGUUCUGUACCAUCAAAGUUAGACUUCAAAUGGAGUAAACCAAUAAUUGUCAAAUUCAUUGAUUUUAUGGACCGAAAAGUUGCAUGGGAACCCUCUUAUGCAUUUGCUAAAAUAUUUUCUCUUGCUACUCGAUGGCAGCUUGUCAAUCUUAUAGAAUACCCUAUACAGCAACGAUUAAAUAUAUCAGGUGUAUUUUUUCCCGAAAAAAUAAAGAAAAUUCGAAAUAUUCGUAGUGUUGCUAGUUAUGAAAUACUUUGGCUUGAUAAAGAUAAGCUUUUAGAUGGAUUAUAUUUAAAUGCGCCCGACACUGAUGACGAUCUUUCUGAAGAAGAGAAUUCAGAUAACGAAUUCAGACAUUCAUUCAGAAUUCAGACAUCGAUUCAGACAUCGAUUCAGAAUUCAGACUGUAUACAGUGCACCAAUAGUACUACCAAAGAUAUGGAAUUGACCGUUAACGAGUCUUUCUAA